UGGCUACUUUCCCAAGGUCACCAUAGCAACUAUCGGAAGGAAAUCAUGCUUGGGAUGCUUUGGCUAGAUGUCGUCUUCUCCUUUUUUUAUUUUUAUUUUUUAUUUUUGGUAAUGAUUAGAACCUGUGACAUUCUGUAGACGUGCAUGGAGAACCAGGGUUUCCAUUGCCACCAGCCCAGCCUUGUUUGCUUCUUGGAUGGGUGGGUGGCGGCCCGGGGAGGGAAGACCCUCCGAUCCGACGGUCUCCCAUGUCUGGCACUGCAGCCUCCCCGAGCCUGUGCUUCCUAGGCACGUCAGCUUUUCAUGUUCGAGCCCGGCUGGUGUGGCCUAAGCUGGCGGGGAGAAGGAAGCCACUGUGAUGUCACAGCUGCAUUGCCCUCUCCAUCGGUGAGGGCUCUCUGAAGCUGCUCCAAGGGUGUCUUCCUCCUCCUCCUCCUCCUCCUCCGUGCGGUGUGAUGCAGGUGAAGGCUCUGCACUGAAGUCUAGACAGUCGGUCUCGGAAGUAGUUGAGAGUACCUGAGGUGAGAGUGAAGGGCAGCCGGAGAGCGCGGAGGGGCAUUGCUGCUGGGUCACUUCUCCUCGUGCUGGAAGACCAGAGGGGCUCCUUCCUUCAGCCGGUGGGCUGAGACGAUGCCAGCCCAGUAAGGAAAGGGGUGUCUUGUUUUCUCUGCUCAUGAGACGCCCCCCCUCCCUCCGCUUCAUCCUCGCGUUCUCAUCUGUCGAUUCGUGCUGCCUUGCAAAGAACGGGUCACUCAGACUCGGGAGCAGCUUAACAGGUGGGGCUGGGAAGAGUUGCAAUUUCUGAGCAAUUCUGUCCAGGUGACUGUGUCCAGGUUAUGACGACUAAUCCAAAACCAAACAAAGCAUUUAAGGUCAAGGAAGAGUCGGGAGAAAACGCCCCGGUGCUGAGCGACGAUGAACUCGUCUCAAUGUCUGUGCGGGAGUUGAACCAGCACCUGCGAGGUCUCACGAAAGAGGAGGUGAUUCGCUUGAAGCAACGGCGGCGGACACUCAAGAACCGGGGCUACGCGGCCAGCUGCCGGAUCAAGCGGGUGACCCAGAAGGAGGAGCUGGAGAGGCAGCGGGUGGAGCUACAGCAGGAAGUGGAGAAGCUGGCUCGGGAGAACAGCAGCAUGAAAUUGGAGCUGGACGCCUUGCGCUCCAAGUACGAAGCCCUGCAGACCUUUGCCCGCACCGUGGCCCGUGGCCCCAUCACCCCCACCAAAGUGGCCACCACCAGCGUGAUCACCAUCGUGAAAUCCGCCGAAAUCUCCUCCAGCUCGGUGCCCUUUUCGGCAGCGUCCUAAUGUCCAAGGAGGAGAGAGAACUGGCUGUCUGGCUAGAAGAGAGGACUUUCCAGAGACCGCUUUCUCUCUCGAAUCAGAGGUCCGUCUUUUCCCCCCAAAAAAGGAGCCAGCCAGCCACGUAGCGGCAGACUCUUUGAAGGGAAAUUUAACCGGCUGCUUUACCUCUCGUUCAGUAAGCCUUCGAGGCUGAAAUUGAAAUUCCAUAUCCAGCCCUGCAGAAAUCCAAAGGAGGCGCCUUGCACAGCUCUUCCUUGUGGUCUCCUUUUAAGUCCCAAUCGAAACGAGGUAUCGAAGGAAUGUGUGCUAAAUGAAAAUUUCAAACGGAUAACAUGGUAGAAUCAUCGAGCCAUAGGAAAAAAUAAUCUCUCUUCCUCCAGUUAGGAAAAAGAAAACGCAGCCCCAUCGUAGCUAUCUUUAUAGGUUGUGGGUGAUCAAGAUUUUGGAACAGUUCCUGCAUCCAAAUUUUCAUAGCCCCAGGUCUUUUCUCUCCAAAUUCAGAAAGCCUUGGUGAAUGUUCACCUCGUCGUCUGGUCCCUGGUGCUGCUCCAUCCCUGCUGGAGGUCCUUUUGGUCAGGGGUCCAGCAAAACGGAACAGCGUCUACAAUGCAAAAAUGUCACUGAAGCUGCUUCCCAUGAUGUGCCUGUGAAUUGGGUCUCCUUUUUGAUGUGCUGGUGUGGCUUCCAAACAAUACAUUUUGGUCUGUGUCAUCAUCCAGGUUCUACGGUAUCGUAGUGGGGGUGGGUGGGAAUGAGAAACAUACGGAGAGCAGGCGGCGUGGGGCUGGCAUUGGUGGCUAGGUUGUGGGGGGGGGGAAACCUAAUUUACCAGAAGAGGAACUUCUGAAAAAGGAUAGUGCUAUAAAAUGAUGCCUUUGAAUCAGCAUGACUUAGAAACAUGAAAGCUUUGUGAAUCAAAGACAUGCCGGGGAAAAAAUUUAGGUUUUGGGGGUUUUUUUUGGACAAGAAAGAUUUAAAAAGAAAUAUGAAUUCAACCCACAGUCUUAUCCAUAAUAUUUCUGCUGCCGCUGCCCUCUUGUUUUGGUGCUCUUUAACAUCAAGAGAUGUCAAAAGUGAACACGCAGUAAAAAGCAGAAAGAAUUAGGUCUAAUCAUCUACAGGGAAUUGGGCUCAGCAAGCCGAAAGAUAACGAAUUAAGCAGAGGAACACGGGAAGUUGGUAUUUUUGGGGGCCGUGGGGCGUGGGGUUGGAGUUAAAUUGGGACGUGGGCCUUGUGGUUCUGAGAAACGGGGAGAAAAUCAGAGCUCGUCACCAGGGUGAGAAGGAGGGACGCAAGGCUGCUGUUUGUAUGUGUGCAAAGAAUGAGAAGUGCAGGUGGACUUGAGUUUGCUCAGACAUGAGGAGGUUGUCCGUAUGGAGAGCAGGGAAGAGAGAAGGCAGUUUUUGGAUUGACGGAGAAGGCAGAGGAGUGAAUGAUGGUUAGAGUUGGGUCGUAGGUGAGGGCUGACAAGGGAAAGAAGGCUGGGAACUUGGAGUUGGGAGGCGAGUAAGUUGCCCUUUCAAAGUCCCUUUGUGCUGUUUUGUAACUUCCAAUGUGAGAACUGAAGCCUCAGAUAAAGGCCCCUUCAGAUGGGUCGGUAAUAAAAUUGCUUCCCCCUUCUGCUUAGCUGAAGCCAACCCACCAGAGAUAAAGUUCCAAUUUUCUAUUGGAAGCUGGGAAUGCAACAUUUGCAUGGUGGCACCGUCCAGAUGUUCUGCCUCACCCACAUCAUGUGGCGAUCCAGGACUGAUUCUUGCUGCCCAGGCGUCUUGCAUGUUUGCAUCCCCUGUCUUGUCAAACGCGUCCUCUCUAUUGGGGUUGGAUUUGAACUGAAGACCUUGUUUCCCUCAAAGGCUAGUUUUUGUGGUGUUUUCUUGGGGUGUCUUAAAACUCCCACUUACAUUCCCUUGCAGCUAAUACCGGUAGAUCAUGACCUCUCUUCUGUGGGUGCAUUCAUAAUUGAAAGCAAAUAAGGAAGAGUUGCUGGCCCUUAAACUCGGUGUAGGUGUUGGGGGAUAAGUGCAUCCUGGAGUGGAGUUACUAACAGUGUGAAUAGAGCACUUAGUGGUAGUCGGGUGCAUGAUCUUGUAUCACACCUUCAGCAUAUGCAACCUUCUUGGCCCUUAAUGCUCUUCUGUGCCAUUCAGUAGUUCACAAGUGAGGGUCUCCCUCCGGCCUCCCCUAGCCCUCUUGAAGACCAGUUAACGUCUGGUUUUUAUCUUUGCUGCUUUGGACUCCCUCACAAAAAGUUUGAGGAAGAAAACAAAUUGAGUUGCUUUAUGUUGUUUUGUUUUCCUUUGGAACACCCUGGGGCCUCUGCAAGCUUCCUGAAUCCUUAAAAGCAGAGGAAGGGGUUAGAUUGCACUGUCUGAGAUUCAGAAAAUAAAUGCCAGUGGCCCAAGCAGGCAUAAGAAUGUCAAAAAUGUCAGAUCCUCCCCUUUCCCUCCGGGGCCCACUGGAAGCUGAGCUCUGGAAAACGAGGGCCAAGUUAACGGGGCUCUACAAAGAUGGAAUAAAUGUUUAGAGGUGCCUUCCCCAACCUGAUGUCCCCCAAAUACAUCUCGCUGCAGCUCUCCUUGGCCCUUAGUCAACAAGGGCCAUGAUGUUCCUAGCUCCUGGUUGAAAGCUGCUACAUCUGAGGAAGACCUGGACUAUUGAUGAUGGACAACUGCCCCGUCCAUCUUAAAUUAUAAUGGUGCUCUUUCUGGAUUGGCUGUGUGCCGAUUGCCCUGCAGCUCUUGACUCUAGCUUUGUUCCUAACCUUGUUGAAGUUCCCUUUAUCUCUGGUGUUGGAUGGGCAACCCUUGGUUAGCUCCAGAAGAGGUCCUCCAUUUUUGUGGAAUGCUUCCUUGUCCUCCCCUAGCCCAUUGUUUUAGGAGAUGGACAAGCAAUAAUGGACCUAAACAGAAUUUGUUGGGAGGUGCUCUGGCAACUGUAGACCCACUGAAAUUCUUGAGGGUAUCCAAGGGAGCUCCAACCAGAGUGCCAGUUAACACCAUUGUGGUGGCCUUGAGUUGGUAAAAGCUACACGUGGGCUUAUCCCUAGAGCAGAGGUCUUCAAACUUGCCAGCUUUAAGACUUGUGGACUUCCAACUCCCAGAAUUCUCCAGCCAACUUUCCAAGGAGUUGGAAGUCCACAAGUCUUAAAGCUGCCAAGUUUGAAGACUUCUGCUCUAGAGAGUUUUUGCUGUGAUUAGGGCCUCUCACACAUUGACCAACCUCUCUGCACUUUCUUCCUAGCAGCUGCGGACCCUUUGGCCACCCCUGUCACAUGCAGGUGGUACAUGGAAGGGGAAGCCAACGGCUGGAUCAUGGGACGAUGAGGCCGUUGCACAGGACGAGAUGAUAGUUGGACUAACCCUCUGGUUAGGGGAAAACACCUCUAAAGGAAGGAGUCCUCUGGACUUCCAAGUGUAGCUAUCUUUGCUGCUAUUUUGGAGAACGGAGAGUCGCUUCUGUGGGGUAAAAGCAUCUCUCCCCCUCUCCCCCCCCCUUGGGUUGUGUCCAUUUCCCUUGCAAUCAGGCGUCGAAAGGCUUAACUCAGAAUUAAAAGCUGUUGAUACCAUAGUCAUGGUAGGUAAUCCAUAUUGGAUAUCAAUUUAAGGGCCACUUGGAAAUAUUUGAGAGACAUAUGCAUAUAGAUACAGAUAUAUGUGUGUGUGAGUGUGUGUGUAUAUAUGAUUAUAUAUACAUAUAUAUAUAUAUAUAUAUAAAAUAAUUAUAUACAUUUUACCAUACAGGUUCUUUUUGUAAGAGAUAUGUGUAAUUUUGUUGGUUAUCUUAUUUAAAUCUAUCUAUAUACCAGUUUCCAAAAAAAAAAAGAAGAAAAAAAGGACAGGAGGGACCUAAGAAUUGGUGGCUGCUUUCUAUGCAGGGGUCACUUUAAGACUUGUGAACUUGUGGGAGUUGAAAUCCACAAAUCAUAAACUGGCCCAAAGUUAGAGAUGCUUGAGUUGAUGGAUGCUCUGAGCCUGGAAGUGUUUUUCCCUCCACGAUUCCCCUUCCAGAAGGAUGGGAACACCCCAUCCAUCACCCCAAGAAAGCGAGAGAGCAGAUACCUCCUCCUCCUCCUCCUCCUUGUUUUCCUGCCUUUAGGGACUCUUCUCACCACAAAGCUUUGGGAAGAAACACAGCCCCGUGUUGUGUGCAAAACCACUGCCGCCUGUUAGAAAUGCACGUUUCUUUCUUUCUUUUUUUUAAAUGCCAUUUUUGUUCAACAGCCACUUCUCCCUUUCCUGCUUCUUAAAUCCCUGGGAAGUUUUUUGGGGUGGGAUGGGGGGUUUUGGGGGGAUCCCACCACCUACUGGGAAGACCAGCAUACUGUGGCUUCAAAUUAGCGUUUUUCAAAGGUGGCCAUUUUAAGAUUGGGGAGGGGGGACUUCAGCUCCCAGAAUCUCCCAGUCAGCCAUGCUGUGCAGGGGAAUUCUGGGAGUUGAAGUCCACCCAUCUUAAAGCUGCUGAAUUUGAAAAACACUGAUUUAAACGUUGCUAAUGUGGGGAUAAAGGAAAACUUCCUGGCGUACCAUAAACUAGCAUAUUAGAUGCAAACAGUGCUUGGCACUUCUCUUAGAUGCUAAGAUUUUUUUUUAUAAAGUAGAGAUUUAAUUUUUUUUUUUUUAAAUCUCUCUCCCAUGGAUGAUAUGACUGAAAAUUCUUGGGUUGGUUCAGCCUCUUGUCUCACAAGACACGUGAUCAUCCUUGGAUAAUUGAAAGCUGAUUAACUUGGCUUACACAUUAGUCUGGAAGGAUGCGUUUGGAUACCAAAAAAUGCACAGCACACAAGUGAUUUAACUCUCCCUUACGGAGGGAAUUCUUUCCUGUUUUUAUUCUGAUUGUAUUUUUUUUUGUUUUAAGUUGCAAGCUGUCCAGAGUUGAUUUGGGAUUGGGCAGUGCCUCUGUCAAAUCAAAUAAGAGAUAGCAUCUUAAUGGUGUAUGUAAAAACCAAAGCAGUGGCCUCUAUGAAAAUCGGAGGAAUUUAAUUUUUUUUUU